CAAAUAAUUUUAAAUCUUUAAAUUAUGAGCAAAAAGGAUAAAGAUUAUACAGGGUAAUUUGUUAUUUAUAUAAAUUCAAUUUAGAUUUCCUGGUGAUUGCAAUCAAACUUAACUUAAGGCUUUGGCUGAUUUUAGAAACAUUGUAAAUAACAUGGGAUUAAGCGAUAAAAUUUAUGAUGAUCCAUAUCUCUUGAGGUUUUUAAGGGCAAGAAAAUUUGAUAUUGCCAAAACUCAACUCAUGUUUAAUGAUUUUAUUAAAUGGCGUAAAGAACACGAUGUUGAUAACAUUAUGGUAAUAUUUAAAUUAACUUAGACUUAUAUGUUUGAAGAAUUACCAUAAGUAAGAACCCACUAUCCUCAUGGCUAUCACAAAACAGAUAAAAUGGUNUAGUACCAUAUUUUUCAUGGUAACAUUCUCAUGCUCUUCACCAUGCUAAGACAAAUCAUUUAACAGAAGGCGAAACACACAAUCCAGUCAUUAUUGAUUCAAAGAUGGGGAAAAUAUAUUAAAAAAUGAAGGAUAUAUUGGGAGUGGAAUCUUUUGCUUGUGUUUAGAUAUUCAACAUAGCAGUAUUGGGAUGGCCUCUUUAUCUGUUACUUGGUGUUACAGGAGGAUCAGCAAGAGGAUUUACUAGUCAUUUUAUUGUACCAAAUAAGUUGUUCCCACCAAAAAUGUUAGUUAAAGUUACUGCUUCAAAUAUUGGAUUGUGUUUAGUUAUUUAUGGACUUUAUAAAUGGUAUUAAGCAACAUCAUUUGCUGAAGUUAUGGCUUUAUAUAUUGGUCCUUAUUUAGUUGUAAACAUGUGGUUAACUAUUAUCACAUUUUUGUAACACACAGAUGCAGAUGUCCCUCAUUAUGAUGAAACCGCCUGGACAUGGUUAAAAGGUUCUUUUAUAAAUUUAUUUUAGGUGCCUUGUGUACUAUUGACAGAAAUUACCCAUUGUGGAUUGAUUCUUUACAUUUCGAAAUUGGUACUACUCAUGUAGUUCAUCAUGUCUUUUCAGAAUUACCUCAUUACAAUGCAAGGGUAAUUUUUGAUCUUAAUGAAUUUACAGGAAGCCAAUGUUUAUGUUAAAUAAGUUAUUGGUGAUUUGUAUAAUCAAGAUGCCAAAAAAUUAUGGACAUCCCUUUACAAUUCUGCCAGUCUUGUUGGUGUAGAACACAAAGGAAAUGGAGUUUGGAAAUUUGCUAAGGCUUGAUUAUCAUAAAUUAUAUAUAUAUUUCCAUACAUAAAUUAAC